CCAACUACAAUAUAUUUCAUUGCAAGGUGUGUGAGCUAGAGAUGGAAGUGGUGUUUCGGUGCUUAGCACAAUUGCUUAAUUCAAAUUGAAAUCAAAGCGAAAAUCAACAAAACACCCACCAACUGCAUAGAAGACUUCUCUGCGGAGGACCAGAAGGUGUCGGAUAUGGUGAAAUCGCCGUGGAAGCGAGAGGAGAAUGGGUCUCAGUCGCCGUGCCGCAUUAAAAGCUCAAUGAGCAUGGAGGAAAGCAAGCCGCAAAUCAAGACUGAGCCAGAUGACGAUCAAUCCGUGGAGUCCGAGAGGGAUCCUUUCGACGAGCUGGCCGAGCUCCUCGAGGAAGAAAACGUCCCAGUGUACCUUGUUGAAAUGCCAUUAGUGGCGCCGCCACCGCCAUCUAUCACCCUACCCGAUGACUGCUUUUUGUUUACUAGACGCACCAAAGUGGAAAUUGCCUCUGCCGUGCCCAGUUCUUCGUCCAGCGUCAACGAGUGCUUGGACUCACCACAUCAGCGCGCAGCUGGCUUGGCGCCCAUUGAAGUGCACUCUCAAAAGAAAAGUCGUUCACAUUCCAGGCGAUCCAGUGUUUCGGCGCAACGGAAUCAAUCUAGGCGUGGGCGUUCUCGGAGUGGUGGAUCUUCAAACAGACAAGAAAGCAAUCAAGGAAGAAGUCUGAUUAGAUCAUUAUCAUCAGUAGGGCACAAAAACAGGCAAAAACCUCCAGAGAUAGAUAGAAGAGAGGAUAGAAUCACUUCCAGUCGUAAAGGGGCUCGCAGCAACAGUUCCUCGAUGGAAACUAAACAAUGCAAAAUGUCAAGGGGUAGGAGCCCAGGCAAGAUCAAAAAAGGGAAUAGCACCUCGAGAAUAUCAACCGAAACCGAUAGAUGUAGAGCACGCAGCCCGAAUGGGACGAGUUCCAGCGAUCGUGAACAUUUUCGCAAGAAGAUGUCCUACAAACGGUUAUCGAGACGUCAAUUCGCCGAGAAUGGGCAUGUGUUUGGCCGUAGACGUUCUAGAAGUGGUUCACCGAACAGAUGGCACUGGCGCCGAGACAGUUUUAGUCCGAUAAUAUCACCGCAAAGAAUGCGACGAGAGUUCCGACCCAGACAGAUUCGUCUCUAUUCCCCAAAACGCCUGUCCGGACAGCGAUGUCUUUCUCGUGAGCCAACCAGAAGCCCCUCAAGAUGUAGAUCCCGUCAGAGCGGCCGUUCUCAUCAGCAUCCUCAAAGACGCUCGCGAAGUGGAACCCGACAGCACCGUCUUUCCCGUGAGCCACCUAUACGCCACUCGAGAAGUAUAUCCCGACAGCACCGUCUUUCUCGUGAGCCCCCAAUACGCCACCCGAGAAGUAGAUCUCAUUCUGCUGUGAACAAAACAAGGAUGAACGACAACGUUUCUCCUGUCUGCUCGGCCGGGUCAAUUGAGAUCUUUCGACCGAGUGAUUGUACACUUCCACCGCUGGGACCUGUUGAGGCAAUGGCUCACAACUCACCAAGACCGAUACUACCAAUAGUAACUAGUCGAUUCGAAAAUCCAGUAACACCAUCUCCAGUAACACCGUACAGACAUUUGCCUCAGAUGCCAGCAGCCAGCAACCAUAUGUGGUAUACGCAAACGCACUACACUCACUUUCAGUAUAGCACCACGACUAUGCAGGACGGUCCGAACUGGCAAGCGCCUGUCUAUGGCUAUGGAGAUGCACCGCCUCCUGCGUUGGGUCCUUACGAUCUGCGCCAUCGCCUGGGCUCGACUCGCUCGUUGCCAUUGGGCCCAUGCGAUCUGCGCCACCGGAUCCAAGGCCGACCAGAGUGUUUUUUUCCCACGGAAAACACAGCAUCUCCAUACAAUGUUGCCCCAGGCCAGACGGUCUAUCAAUACUAUCCAAAUGGAUACUAUUAGCUAUCGUGGGGCGCGAAAAUCAAAGAAUUCUCUGCAUAAUGCGUAUUUUUAUUUUUAUUUUUAUUUUUUGCAUGGUCAAGCAUCAUGGAAAGGCUUUAUUUGUACUUUGAUUCUGCAUCAAUGUCAAUAAAAAACAUUCGAAGGCUUCCACUUAUUAUUAA